AAAGGCUACGCCCGCCUCCUCUACAACGACUACCUCGCCCACCCGACCCACCCGCUCUUCGCCAACGUCCCCCCGCACUUCCUCUCCAUGGACUACGAGUCCUCGCUGACCGACAAGCACCUCAUGCGCGUCUUCUCCUCCCUCUCGGAAUCCCGCUUCAAGGCACGCGUGCUCCCCUCGCUGGACGUCGCCACCCAGUGCGGGAACAUGUAUACCGCCAGUCUGUACGCGUGUCUGGUCAGCCUGGUGUCGAAUGUCGGGUGGGAUGGCGUGCCGAAGAGGGUGGGCUUGUUCUCGUAUGGCAGCGGGUUGAUCAGUUCGAUGUUUAGUCUGAGGAUUAUGUGCCAGCUGCGCGAGCUCGCGUAUAACACGCCGGACUAUGUCCCGUUUACCUCGACGGAGGAUCUGGAGAAGGGGACGUAUUACCUCAGUCGGGUGAAUGAGAAGUUUGAGCGCGAGUAUGCGGUGAAGACGUGA